GUGGACUUAAUUCUAUAUUUUCUCCCAGUCAACCAUACGAUAGUGAAUACUCGAAUGCGGUACUAGUAAUUAUUGAUAUACAUACAUACUAAAAUUACAUAUAUAAAGGAAUAAAUAUUUUAGAUAUUUAUAAAUAACAAAUAUAUUUACACAUAUAUAACAUAUAUUGUACACGAAAUUGUACACGAAUAAUAUAAAGUACUUACUGCUCCGAUAAAGUAAAAAAGUGAUCAUGAAUGUUUUUUUUUGAAAGAUGGUUUAGUCUCUUAAUGGUAUCAGGAAGUGCAUUCCAGAGUCGUGAAGAAUGUAGGAGAAAAGAAUUUGAAGCGAAGCCAGUAUGGUGAGAGGGGAAAGAUAGUUGGAGAGUAUUACUAGAAAGAAGGUUACAAUUGUGAAUUUAAAAAAGGUACUGGAAUUUGCUGCUUAAGUACUUAGGCGACUGAGGGUUUUGAACAAAGUAUAGAGGGUACAAAGAGUGCUAACAUUUCUGCGUUGACGAAUGGAAAGCCAUUUGAACCGAGACCCAUAGAAAGAAAUGUGAUGAAACUUCUAUAACUUUAUGUGAUGGGCUGCCUCAGAGUGUAUGUCAAAAUUGUCUGGAUGUUGUGAAAUUUUUCAUGGAAUUCAGAGAGAAAUCUAUUUUAUCUGAAAGUACAUUGAGAUCUAUUGUACAGGAUAUUAAAGAAGAAGAAAUAAUGUCAAGCUUUACUACACAAAAUAAUAUAAAAAUAUUGGAUGAAUGUAAUGGUAACAUCAAACAACCAUAUGACAUAAAGGUAGAAUUUGAAGAUAAUUGUGCCAUAGCUGAUGAAGAUCUUCAGGAAACAUUUCAAAGAUUUGAAACUGAAGAAGUGAAUACUGUUAUUAAGAAAGAGACUGAAAAGAAUAAAACUGCAAAUAAAAUGCCAAGUAAAAGUAAAAAAAUGAUAAAAGGAAAGAAAAAAGAAACUACACCAUCAAUAUUAAUAUGUGGCAUGUGUGAAAAUAAAUAUGCAGACAAGAGUGAACUUAUUAAACAUUUCGAGAUUCAUGUUGAUAAUAAUUAUUGCCAAAUAUGCUCUGAAAAGUUUAAUUGUUGGCCACAACUCUUUAGUCAUCGACUUGUACAUUUACCCGAAAAAGGGGGCAAAUGCCAUAUUUGUGGCAAAAGAUAUGCAACACCCUUAUAUUUGGAGUAUCACUAUAGAACAUUACACUAUAAUGGAGAGCAGACUAUGUUACAGUGCAGUCUAUGCAGUCGUAGUUAUGGUACACCAAGGAAAUUAAGGAGCCAUAUGCGGAGUAGUCACGCUGAAGUAAAAUAUAUAUGUGAUUAUUGUUCUAAAAGGUUUAUUGAGAAAAGCACACUGAGAACUCAUAUUAGAUCCCAUAGCGAAAAAAAGACUUAUGUGUGUGAUUUGUGUGGAUUCUCUUGCAAAUACAGUACUGGCUUAAAGAGUCAUCAUAUAAGAAGACAUACAGCCGAAAAAGUAAUAUGUGCACAAUGUAAAAGACCAUUUGAAAACCAGGAAAAAUGUGACGCACAUAAAUGUAAUGUCCACAUACAUAUAUGUCCUGUAUGUGGAAAGGAGUUCAAAUUAGCUAAUUUGUACAAUCGUCACUUGAACUCUCACAGAGAAGUGGGUAAAUAUAAAUGCGAUCGUUGUCCAGCAACAUAUAAGACUCGACAAGCUUUGACCAUACACAUAAAUAGACAUGAUGGAACUCGUACGAAACAAUGCGAAUUUUGCCCGGCAAAAUUCUAUUCGGCUAGUGUACUUAUCAAACAUCGACGUACACAUACAGGAGAAAAGCCCUAUGUAUGUAAAGUUUGUAAAAAAGCUUUUACAGGGAACCAUAAUCUUAAAGUGCAUAUGAAAGUUCAUGGUGAAUACUUGAUCGUGAAAAAAAAUAAAGACGAGGAAGAAACUAAAUAAUUAUUUAAUGAUUUGUUAUAGGAUUAUGUGUUAAGGUUGGAAGUUUUAUUGACACUGUUGUUGAGUGGCUUUAUAAAUAAAAUUUAUUUUUAUAUAA